AGUAUUCGUUCAUUACUUCAAGAAUCAACAACGUAAUUUUUGUUCGUUAUAAAAAGUGAAUUUUAAAUCGAGUUUCGUAAAGUAAAAUUCAGAGUUCCUGCAAUCGACGAAAAUUAUAUACCGCAUAAUCAAAACUCAAGAAAAUCUAUUAUUGUUUGAGUGCAUACAAAUUUGAGCUCCAAAAGAAACAAAUUUAAUUGAUAAAAAAAAUUUCAGGAAAGUUUGUGAAAAAAAGAUUCAUAUAACAACUGAAUCAACGUUAGUGAAAGGCGUGUGUGAAAAGAACAAAGACUAGACUAAAAAAAAACCAGUGAAAAAUCAUACCGAGACAUAUUUAGUCAGCGACAUAUAAAAAUUCAAGGUUUAUUCUUCUUUGAAAUUCUCAUACAAAAUGAAUCGUGGAACAAAAGGUCUAGAAAUGUGGUGCCGUCGUCAAAUUGAAGGCUACCCUGGUGUUGAAAUUCAUAAUAUGACUUCAUCUUGGAAGAAUGGCAUGGCUUUUUGUGCAUUGGUUCAUCACUUUCGACCAGAUUUAAUUGAUUUCGACAAAUUGAACAAAGCCGAUGUUUACUACAACAACGAGUUGGCAUUCACACUGGCUGAGAAACAUCUAGGAAUUCCUGCUUUGCUUGAUGCAGCCGAUAUGGCGAUGUAUGAUGUUCCUGACAGACUUUCGAUACUAACAUAUUUGUCACAGUAUUAUCAGCGUUUUGCAUCACAGGAAUCGAAAAUUAUCAAAGAUAAAUCAGCAACAAUCGCAAGCACAACUCCUCCUCCGCAAAAGAUGGCACAUAUUCCGAAGCGUGAACCUUGUAAGCACUGUGGUCUACCCGUAUUUUUUGCCGAACGUUUAGCUAUUGAUGGUUCAUUGUAUCAUCGGAAAUGUUUACGAUGUGCGCGUUGCGACUCACAACUAACGCCCGGAAGUUUUUAUGAAACUGAAGUGGACGGUGUGUUUUGUUGCGAAACUUGUCCCGAUGAAGAAAAGAAAAUUCGCCUCGACAAUAACAAUGUGGAGCAUCCAUCGGGGCUGUCAACACAAGUGGCGGACGAGCAACGACAGUCGUUUAGUGAGAAACUUGCCAUGUUCCAAUCGAAUGGCAAAGGUUUACUACAGAAAUCGCUUAGCGAUGAAGAAAAAUCGAAAAGUUUGAAACGUCUUACUGAACUAUAUUCGAAAAAUUGUACACAUGAUGCAAACGAUAUCAAACCAACGAUAAAUGAAUCUGAAGAUUUACGAAUAGAUGAUGCAAAAAAUGAGGAUGAAAUCGUUUAUGAUAUCGAAGCAUCAACGUUUGAUAAAAGCGACGAGGAGAUUGAUAAUAGACCACCUUCGCUGCCGAAAACGUUGCCCCCAAGUCUUGAUCCUGUCACCCCUGUUGAAGUAGCAAAACCAAAAUUACCACCAAUCCCAUCAAAAGCAAACGUUCUGAACAAACUCUACGGCAAAAAUAAAAUGGAAAAAGUGCACCAAGACAAUGUGAAAUCUAACGCGUGCACAUCGGGCCCAAACCUUCAAACGCAAGCAGGUGUAUCAACGAGUGCUAAUGGAGAAUCAUCACAAAUCGAACCACAAAAUUGCAGUGCUAAUGAAUACAGUGCGAAUACGCCCAGCGCACCCAGAACAGUUCCACAAAUCGAUGUCAAAAAAGUGAACUCGAUUGACAAUAACCUCAAUACAAAGAACAGUUUGCCAUUAGAUGCAUUAAACAGUUUUACUAAUGUUACCAAAGAAAAUGCUGAAUUCAUCGAGGCAAGCCAGCAGAGCGAUAAUGUGCAUCAUUUAGAAGACAAAAGAGAUUCCAAUGGUAUUGACAACGAUAACGACGAAAACGACGACGAUGACAAAAACGACAGCAGUCACGUUGAACAAGGCAUCAAUAUAAAAAGUGUCAAUCGGUUAGAACCGCUUAGUGACGAAUCACAAAUCGAACCAGUAUCUGACGAAUCAAACCAUCUGUUGACGGAAAAAAGAGAGAACAAAACCAGCGAACAAAACCAAGAACAAGAACAAGAACAAGAAAAAGAACUUCCGAGUAUUAGCCGUAAUGGUUGCAAUGAGAACACAUCUAUUGAUACGAAUAUCGAUAAGUAUGAUACAAAUAAUCUUGAAAGUGUCACCGAUCUAAGAGAGCAAAGUAGUUCAAUAAGUGAUAAUGAUAGCCAGAAAAUGGUGCGUUCGCGUCUGAGUCAAUUUGAAGCACUAGCUCAAUGUUCGUCGGAGCUAGAGCAAACACCACAUCACUCACCUAGAUUAAAUCGAAAUUCUACCGCUGCAGAAAAUGUAGAGAGGCAAUGCAAUGAGAAAAAAAAGUCAAUGAACAAUGACAAGAUAAAUGUUACUAAUGCAACCGAAGCAAUAGUACAAUUGAAUGUAGAUGUAGAACUAAAGCCAUCCACUCGAUUGUCAUUAAAUGCCGACGAUGAAAAUAAUGUCAAUUCAAAUGCUGACUCAGACAAGAUAUUAAACACAUUGGAAACGAAUGACUUUGAUUUGAAAAAACCGGUCCCACGUCAACGUGCUGCAUUAAAUGUGUACCUAGAUGAAGAAGCAAACAAUUUUGCUGCACUUAAUCCACCUACUCCAUCGAAACGAAAACAAAAGCCUACAGCCUCAUCCGAAAAAUUGGCCGAUAAACAUCAGAUGGUCGAAGACAACUCAAAUAAUUUAGAUAUUCAGCCGAAAGCGUUGCCAGAUAAUUCACUGAGCAGCGAAGAUUAUGAACGCAAAAAGGAUGAAACGAAUUAUCCGAAUGGCUUGAAUCCAUUCGGCAGUGAUGAUGAACAAGACGAAAAUGAUGAACAAAAUGAUAGCUUUGAACCAAUUCCAAAGCGAAGAGAGAGUCUCAAUCCCUUUGAUAGCGAGGACGAUGAAAUCGAAUUGAUGAAAGAGAGUACUCCCAAAAAAUUUCCAAAAAAUCACAGAGUUUCAACGAACCCAUUUGGAAGUGACAGCGAAAAUGAAAAUCAAACCGAAACCGACACAGAUUCAUUGUCGGCUAAGCGAACACCCGUUCCAACACCUCGAAAGCCAAUAAAUGGGCUACAAACAAAUCCCGACGCAUCGAAACGCUCGUACAAUACAUUGCACCCGAAAAUGCGGUUACAGGUCGGUGAUGAUUUACGCGGAAGUGAUGGAUCAUUGGCUUCAUCCACGAGUAAUAUCCGUGCAACGAGUACGCUGAACAGAUCAAGUAAGAUUCAUGGUUCGAUGAGCUCAUUAACAUCGACAAUAUUGCGACACAAAAAGGGCCGAGCACCCGAUAUUCCAAUAGCGCACAAAGUGUGUGCCAGUGCAAGCAGUAGCCCAUCGCAAAGCGUUCGUGCAACACCGAUAACGCGGAAAAAACGCACGGCACCACUACCGCCAAAACAUCAUAGUAUGAUGAAAGAUGAUUCUCUUUCAUCGUCACAUUAUCUAAGCGUUAGCUCAAAAUUGGAAGACAGUUUUAGUUCGAGACAUACAAUCUCAAGUGAAUCUGUUGUUGAUUUGGAAAGCAGUUUAAAUUUUGAACCAUCUAUUGAAAGUAAUUACGUUAGAUCUUCGAAUGAUAUAUCAAUGUCGAGUGUAGAACCAUCGAAUUUCACAAGUGCAGACUUUAAACCAAAUGAUUUUACCAGUGAUCAUUUGAGUCUGAACCAAUCAACUCCAAAAAAAACAACGGAAACUGCAGGCGCACAACGCAAACUAAUACCAGUCGAUGAAAGUUUGUGGAAUGACUUGGCGGAUACAGUGGCGGGUAGAAGCAUUACUGAAAUACCAGCAGUUGAUGAUGCCGUUACUUAUCGACGCAAAAUCAUUCCAGAUCAAAUGAUUACGCCGAUCAAAACUCCACCUUCCGCUACCGAUCGUCAAUGUGAAAAAAUGAAAGAAAACAAAGAGUCACAGAAUAAAAAUCGCCAAAGUCAAAUUGUGCUGCCCACAAAUGUGCACGAUGAAUCGAGUCAAAUGUAUAGUCCAAAUAAAUCGUCAUAUGGCAAGUGGAAACGUCGAAAAGGCCCAGCCCCUACCCUGCCUAUUCCACCACGUAAAGUGAUUCAAAUGUUGCCAUUGCAAGAAAUACGACACGAACUCGAGGUCAUCGAAGUACAACAGCAAGGAUUAGAAAAGCAAGGUAUUAUGCUAGAAAAAAUGAUACGUGAACGGUGUGAAGGCACCGAAAACGAGAAUCUUCCGUUAAACGAAUGCAAACCAAACUCUAAAGAAGUCGAAGACCUCAUUUUGCAACUAUUCGAACUAGUCAACGAAAAAAAUGAACUGUUCCGACGACAGGCCGAGCUUAUGUAUCUACGCAGACAACAUCGGCUGGAACAAGAACAAGCUGAUAUCGAGUAUGAAAUUCGUGUCCUUAUGGCGCAACCGGAGUACAACAAAACCGAUUCGGAUAAGACGCGAGAAGAGGCUUUAAUAUCGCGUUUAGUUGAUGUCGUGCAAUUGCGAAAUGAAGUAAUUGAGAGUCUUGAAAUGGACCGAAUACGCGAAGCAGAAGAAGAUCAAAGUAUCAAAGAGCGCCUCGAAUUGCAUUCGGCGAAGCGUGAUGAAGAACUGUGUCAACAAACACCUGUCAAACUAUCGAAGAAGGAGAAGAAAAAACAAAAAGAGUCAAAGAAGUUGGCCAAACAAAAGAAAGUAGAUGCAGAUAAGGAUGCUGACGAAAGUGAAAUAAGUCAAUCGGAGAAAUCAAAGGAGAAGAAAAAGAAGAAGAAGUUUUUGUUCUAAGCCGACCAACCAUUGUAUAAUAUACUGAGGCCUUCCAUGCUGAAAAGUAAUUGUUUUCGUGAUAAUAAAGUUAACUCCGUUUGUACACGUGUUGAAUAAAAGUGGAUAAUGCUGUCAAUAAAUUUAUCGAUCAUGAUCCAAUUAAUCGUUGUGCAGCAAAUUCAUAGGAAUGUUAAGAAGAAAGCAUUUAAUAACAGUCAACACUUCGAUCAUCCAUCAAGGAAGAAAAUUGACACAUUUGUUAAGCAUAAGAUUACUAUAAUAUCUGAUUUUGUUUUAUUUGUUAAAACACCAAAUCAUUUCUCCAUAAUCGCGGGAGUAUCAUUAUUAUUGUUAACGCGCACUGAGUGCUGACUUUGUUUUAAAAUGUCAUUUAGAUUUUGAAUAGCAAACACAUUGUGAUCGCACAAGCUAAACCACUCUCUCUCGCUCUGCACAAGAUGUAGAUGCACCGCACCGAUCACAAAUCGAUAAUUAUAUUGAAUAAUAGUAGUCAAGUGCAUAAAAUGGUGCGACAUUUAUCGAUCACAUGUCAACGAUAAAAAAAAACUAUUAAUUUCUAAACUGUUUAUUUUACUUAAAUUUGAAACAGGGAAAUAUUUGAUUUAGCUUCUUUAUUUGUUUUUCUAUAUUUCGCAACAAGUUUUUUUUAUUUUACUUAUUAUAUAUAUAUUUUCUAUUUUCGUUGUAAAAAAAAUGCCUAAAAUGUUAUUAUUAAGUUUAAUUGAAACAUCUUUUUUUCCUUUUCCAUUACGAGAGUUCGAAUAAAUGUUUACAUUUCUUUUUUUUCUCAAGCAUAA